AGCCAGUCUGCUGGAAGCCGUUUGGAUGGAGAGGAUUUUUUAUUGAUGAGAAGGAGACAUUUUGCUGCAACUUUUGGGGGUGUUUCUGUUUUAUGUUUGCAGCGGGAUGGGAGCCAGUCGCUUCCUGUGUGUGCUGCUCUGCGCAGCAACUCUGACACUUCCUGGAGUUUUUGGUAAAGAUGAGAGCAGCAAGGUGUACAGGUGGACCAGGCAGAGCCUCCCGCUGCUGCUGGACACACACACUGAGCCUUUGAAUGUGCCUUUGUUCAGAGGGCAGGAGGAGGAUGAGGAGGGAGGAGGAGCGAAGACACUCUGUGGAAUAGAGUGUCAAAGCAGCCUGCCACCUGUAGACCAGGAUGAGCAAGAGAGGAUUCUGGGAUACGAGACAAUGUAUGAGAACGGGACACGCACGCACACAGAUAUCAGUUUGUGGGGUUUCAACACGACGUCUGCAGGAGCACCGGCCCGCCCACCAGCUCGCACCCGCAGGAAACGACAGGUUUAUGGAGCAGAUGGACGCUUUGUGAUCUCUGACUCGCGCUUCAUCACCAACUACCCUUUCUCCACUGCUGUUCGUCUCUCCUCGGGCUGCUCCGGAGUCCUGGUAUCCCAGAAACACGUGCUAACGGCAGCACGCUGCAUCCAUGAUGGGAAGGACUACCUAGAGAGUGCCAGGAGGCUGAGAGUAGGGGUGCUGCAGCUCAAGAGUAAGAGAAGAAGAGGGGGUAGAAGGAGAGGAGGGCAGCGGAUGGGUGGGAGGAGAGGAGAGGAUGAGGAGCAGGUGAUAGAGGAAGGUGAGGAGCAGAAUAGUAUAGAUGGAGAUGUGGGGAGAGGGAGAAAGGGAGGCAAAGGCAGGAGGCGCAGAGGAAGAAGAGAGGGUGAGGAGGGUGCAGCUGAUCGUGGGAAUAUGGGUGACUCAGAGAGAAGAGGGAAACGAAGACGCCGUAUACGACGUAGCGAACCCAGGAAGCAGCCUGUCUUCCGUUGGACACGAGUCAAACAAACCCAAAUCCCCCAAGGAUGGAUCCAAACCAAGAGCUCCACCAACUCAGCAUCCCCCGACUACGACUACGCCCUCCUGGAGCUGAAACGACCCCUCAAGCAAAAGUACAUGGAGCUGGGAGUGGCACCCUCCGCCACCCUCCCAGCACGGAUCCACUUCUCAGGCUACGACGCUGACAAAAGCCUGCUGGACGGGCGCGGAGACGAGAAGGUGGUUUAUCGGUUUUGUUCGGUGGCAAACGAGUCAGAGGAUUUGAUGUACCAGCACUGCGACGCACAGCCGGGUGCCACAGGCGCAGGCGUUUAUGUUCGUCUGAGACAGGAAGCGGGAGAGGAAGGCAGGAAAGGGAAGUGGCAGCGGAGGGUUAUUGGGGUGUUUUCAGGCCAUCGAUGGGUGGAGGCGGAUGGGGGCGAGCAGAGGGACUUUAAUGUUGCAGUGAGGAUUACUCCACCUAAAUACGCUCAGAUCUGUCACUGGAUCCAUGGAGAUCCACGUCUCUGCAAAGAGGUUUGACUGCAAAGAGAUGGACCUUGAAAAAGGUUCAGUUUCAGAGAGACUCAAACAUCUGGGUCUGUGUAUAAAACAAACAAACAAAAUCAUAGGAGUGGUCCUAAACUUUGACUUAUGUGUUGAUGUUUUAAUGUAAAGAGUAGGACUUAGAUGCUUUGUACAAAUAAGUCAAAAGUAACUAGUAGCAUAGUGUAAGGCUGCGUCCAGACUGCAGGCAAAAAUGUCCCAAUCUGAUUUAUUUUUUUCUGAUAUGUGAAUCAGGUCUGGGUUUUUCAUUACAGUGUGAGUAGCACAAAUCAUAUGGAGUCUGAUCUUUCAACUCUGAUUUGGGCCACUUUCAUAUGUGGUUCAAAAUCAGAUACAGGUCUGAUUUUUGGCAAUGUGGCCUUGUUGUACACAGCCAUAUCGAAGUUCAGCUAUGUCACCUACAGAUGAGGCGCUUACAGAUGUAGUUAAAAGUACCCCUUAAUAGGCUCAGUCUUUUUCAGUAAAGUCAUUCACGUCAAGAUCCCACCACUCCUGGCUCCAGCAUGAGGUGAUGUUUUUGUAAAACAUGCUCCUGGAUCAACAUCCCACAUCACCUUCCUGGACCAGCACGAC